GGCCCAGAGCAAGAAGUCUUCAGUGUAAUAGGCAACUACAAGACCUCACAACCAUUUCCAGCAUGUCUAGUGAACACUAGUUGUCAUUUAGACAUGUUUGAAGUCCUGCCCAUUGUUGUUCAUAAUCAAGGCACGCAGACUGCUCCCUGAUUCUUUGAGACCAAAUACAAGCUACAUUCUUAGAAGGGUUGCUGUGGGAAGAGGGCAGCUAGCCUUGUAUUCAUGCCCAUGAUUAAUUAUCCUGAAAGAGUGGAGGAUGUGUAUACGUGUGUAAAAAGUGUGCAUAUCUUGGGAAAGCAAGUCUUGGAACUAGAGAGUACCUCCUAUGAUUGUUUCAGGAUGGGUCCACUUUUUUCCAAGGGGCUUCUCAAAGAAUAGGCUACAUUUCCUAGAGGAUCCAUCUGCUCUCAGGUAGAAAGUUCCAGGGCACCUUGAUAUAUGGCGGGAUACUUAGUUCCCCAGUUGGCUUGAGGCAAGAACCUGACAAAAGAAUAAUGGAAGAAACUAGCUACAUCCUGACUUAGCAGAGGGGUCAGUUCUACAUCCUCUGCUGCUCUAUUAUGUGGAAGAGGGGUGGACCUUCAGGCCUGAGGGAAGGGGAACUCUGGGGUAGGGACUUGUCUCUUGGGAAGGGCUGCUUAGUUGGGCUACAGGCCCAUAGUAUUUGAGAUUUGCUCCUUCAGCUCAUCCCUAAGCAAGCACAUUGAAGGUGGGGUAGAGGAAGAGAGGGGAUUUGGCACCAUUUUUGUACCUGGAUAUAUUUGAUUUGGAGUCUGACAUUUCCAAAAAGAGCUUCAAUAGGUUGUCGAUGCCACAGGCAAUGAUAUUUGAAAGACCUUUGGAGGAGAACAACAGGACUGGAGAAGGAUCAAUGUUGACUAGGUCUUUAAAAAGGAGAAGGAAUGCAAUCUUGAAAACUCCAAGCCAGUGAGGUUGAUUUUUUGAUUCAAAGUAAAAUUCUAGGAUACAUCAAAGUGGAGGCAGAUGGUUUUUGAACAUCUAGAAGAGUAAGCAGUGAUCACAAAAGGCCAUUAUGACUUCAUCAAGAACAGGUACAUUUUCUGCUGCCCCUGUGGCUGCUUUUUUCCAUUUUCUCUUCCUAACUCAGCCUCUUGGAGCUGGUCAACAGAGACUUUCAGAGAUGGAAGAGGACUACACAAAUUUGGUCUCCAGACGGAAAGAUUCAAUCUUUGUGAAAAUAAUUCGAAGGGAAAUCCCAGCCAACAUAAUUUUUGAGGAUGAUUCGUGUUUUGCUUUCCAUGAUUCUUGCCCCCAAGCCCCAACUCAUUUUCUAGUGGUACCAAAGAAACCCAUUGCCUGCAUGUUGGAAGCAGAGGAUUGUGAUGAAAGUCUUAUUGGACACUUAAUCAUUGUUGGCAAGAAAUGUGCCUCUGAGGUGGGCCUGAAGAAGGGAUACCGGAUGGUUAUCAAUGAAGGUACAGAUGGGGGACAAGCAGUCUUACAUAUUCAUGUCCAUGUGCUUGGAGGCCGUCAGAUGACCUGGCCUCCUGGAUAAAUCUAUGGCGCUGAGAAGAAUUUCCCUUUAUCUUGGAAGUAAGCAGGUCCUCAACUUAGAAUAUGCUAAAUUCAAUGUACAUAACUGUUUUCUAUGAAAUAGGAAAUUGAGAGAUCAGUUCAUGAUGUACAGAAUAAAAGACGCUGUUGACUAUUGAAAAAAA